CACCACGACGCCGGCGCAGACGCAAUCGCUCUGUUCCCCCACAUGCCUUCGACGGCCACGCCGCUGCCCUGAGAACCGAGCCUCUUCGCUGCCGUCCGGACGCGCUGCUGCUGGCUGCGCUGCGAGCAUCCGCCGCCGCCGCCCGCAACCCUGCCGCGGGACCUCCGCGCGCCCGCCGCCAUGGACUCGGCUGGCCAGCUGCUCCACGAUGCCCACCACCUCUACCACCGCUCCGGCGGCAUGGGCGGCGACACGUCGUCCCGCCCGCCUGCCUACAAAAUCGUCGGCAUAAUCCUCGCCAUCUCCUCGGGCCUGUUCAUCGGCGUGUCCUUUGUCCUGAAGAAGCACGGCCUGCUCAAGGCAAACGAAAAGUACAAUGAGGCCGCCGGCGACGGCUACGGAUACCUCAAGAACUUCUGGUGGUGGUCGGGCAUGACGCUCAUGAUCAUCGGCGAGAUCUGCAACUUUGUCGCCUACGCCUUUGUCGACGCCAUCCUCGUCACGCCCAUGGGGGCGCUGACCGUCGUGGUCGCCGCAAUCCUGUCCGCCAUCUUCCUCAAGGAGCGCUUGAGUUUUGUCGGCAAGAUUGGCUGCGUCAACUGCAUCAUUGGCUCCAUCAUCAUUGCUCUCAAUGCCCCGCAGCAGUCUGCCGUGUCCAACAUCCAGGACAUGAAGAAACUCGUCAUUGCGCCCGGCUUCCUCGUGUACGGCGGCGUCGUCAUUGUGGCCAGUGUCGUCAUUGCUCUCUGGCUGGGGCCCAAGUACGGAAAGAAGUCUAUGAUGGUAUAUCUUACCAUCUGCAGUCUGAUCGGCGGCCUCAGUGUCGUGGCGACGCAGGGUCUCGGGGCCGCCAUCAUUGCCCAGAUCAACGGCCAGUCCCAGUUCAAGGAAUGGUUCCUAUACGUCUUACUCGUGUUUGUCAUCAGUACCCUGCUCACCGAAAUCAUAUACCUCAAUAAAGCGCUCAACUUGUUCAACGCCGCCCUGGUCACCCCUACAUACUACGUCUUCUUCACGUCUGCCACCAUCGUCACCUCCGCCAUCCUGUUCCAAGGUUUCAAGGGCACAGUCAUCAGCAUCACCACCAUCAUCAUGGGCUUCCUGCAGAUCUGCACGGGCGUCGUCCUGCUGCAACUCUCCAAAUCGGCCAAGGACGUACCCGACGCUGCCGUGUUCAAGGGCGAUCUCGACCAAGUCCGCACCGUCGCUGAACAAGAAGAGCCCGAAUACGAGCCAAGAGCAGACACCAUCCGCGGUGGCGGUGCCAUCCUGCGUUCCAUCUCCAGGGCGAGGAGCGAGAAGCAGCUCCAGGAGGUGAAGAAACUACACGAAGAGCACAUGCAGCCCAUUGGCGAAGGCGAAACGGUCGAAUUCGAUGGCCUACGCAGACGAAAAACCGUGCUCGACCCCAACCGCCCGCCCACACGAAGCGCCACCGUCGUCCACAAAACGGUCCACCCCCCACUCGGCAUGUCGCACUUCCCCGAAGACGACUCCGACUCGGACAACGACACCGCCUACCACCCGGGCUUCUUCCAGCGUCUCCGCUCGCGCGGCAAAUCGACAAGCAGCUCCAACCAUCCCAGAGACAUGGACCUCGAGUCCCUGCCGCCCACCACCGCCGACAGCCCCUCAAAGAACUACAUGCACACCGACACCGCCUACAAGCCGCACGACACCACCAUUCAGUUCGGCACCCUCCCGCACCCGCCGCACCCGCACGACCCCGACUUCGAGGACGCCCCCGGCGAACUGCAUCCCCCCCGCCCGCCCCCGCACAUUGCAAAGCGCCAGUUCUCCUUCCAAAACGUCUUCAGCCGCAAGCGCAGCGAGUCUGGCGCGGGUAGCUCCGUCACCUCGCGGCCCGUCAGCCGGCAUAGUCGGAAGGGCAGCCACAAUGCCAAGGAAGCCACCGAGGAGGAGCGGCUGGGGCUCGUCAAGGGCGACUCCCGCAUCUUGGGGCCUAUACCGAGUCGCGAUAGUCGCGAGGGGAGUCCGCCGGGGUAUACGGAUGAGGAGGGGGAGUGGGUGGUCGGUGGGAGGAGUAUGAGCCCGGAAAGAGCGAUGAGUCCGGGGCGGGGGAGCAGUGGGGGUGCGCAGCUGAGGAGGGUGGACACCGAGGAGUGGGAUCCCGAGGACGACAAGGAGUUUGAGACGAGGAAGCCGAGUGGGCCUGGGGCGUUUAUAUGAAGGAAGAGGGAGGAGAUGGGAAGCGAGGCGAGGACAUUGUUUUGAUUUGAGCGCAUGAUACCAACGCGAUGCGACGCAAGUCGAAGCGAUGCCAUUCCGACUGUCUUGGGAUUCUUUUGGAUAUCAGCGCGGCGUUGGACGGGGUGUACGAUAGCGAGACAAGAGGUAUCAUACAUGCG